UUGAAUCUCUCCAAGUCUUGCUAUCUGAUACAAUGACGGCAUGCCGGCUAUGACAAUUCGAUUUAUGCCCGCGGAAAGUGAUCCCCGCGAUCGUCAACCUAAUUGUGGCUUCUCCGCGAUCUCGGGUGCUCCAGGAGAUGUUCGUGAGAAUGACAAGAGCUGGUGUGUCUAGUCUUACGGUAAGACGAUCUCACUAGGCUGUGCGCCUCUGGCUUCAGUGAUCGCGGUCCAGUUCCUUCUUUUACAUUUGCCUCAAUUCUAUUCGACGUGGACUUUCUGUGCCGCUCCUGUUCCUCUUGAUAUCACUAUACGUCUUGCGACCAUCUCACCACGGAUCCCUACGGUGUAUGCGAAAUUUUCACUGCAUGCUUUGUGCUUGAUUUUCUGCCCUAUACCCAUUUUUCAUCUUGACGAUUUCCAAACGGCAGCACAACAUGAGCGAAGCAGCACAGCAAGCAGGAGUUCCCCUCCCUCCCCCGGCUGAGGUACAGCCAAAGGCACACGCAGCAUCCGUACCAGUACGAAUGCCGCCGACACCACCAGAGACAGACUUCGAUAGCGAUGACAGCAAGUCCACAACAUCCACAGCACCAACAGAGCUUGACGUUCCUUUGCCCCCACCUUCGCAACAACAGCAGGUACUAGACUUGGAUAAGCCCACGCCUGAUGCACAUGUUCCUAGGGAUCCGAGACUCAUCCGGUUGACUGGUGUCCAUCCCUUCAACGUCGAGGCUCCCCUCAGUGCCUUGUACAGCGAAGGUUUCCUCACAAGCCCCGACCUAUUCUACGUUCGGAACCAUGGCGCAGUACCUGAAGUCCAUGACUCGGAAUGUCUGGACUGGGAGUUCUCAGUCGAAGGCCUCGUUCAGAACCCAUUAAAGAUUACAUUACGUGAGCUCUUGCAAGAGUAUGAGAAUGUGACGUAUCCAAUCACAUUGGUCUGUGCAGGAAACAGACGCAAAGAGCAGAACGUAGUUCGCAAGAGCAAGGGAUUCUCGUGGGGUCCCGCUGGUGUAUCUACGGCACUCUUCACCGGUGUUGUUAUGAAAGACGUCAUCGAACGUGCAAAACCCCUUCGUAAGGCCAAGUAUGUAUGCAUGGAGGGUGCUGAUAAACUCCCAAACGGAUACUACGGCACGUCCGUCAAGCUCAACUGGGUUAUGGAUGCCAACAGGGGCAUCAUGCUCGCUCACAAGAUGAAUGGCGAGCCGCUAACACCAGACCACGGAAAGCCGCUACGAGCAGUCAUCCCUGGACAGAUUGGCGGACGAAGCGUCAAGUGGAUCAAGAGAUUAAUAGUGACAGCCGAGCCUAGCGACAAUUGGUAUCACAUCUACGACAACAGAGUAUUGCCCACUAUGGUCGACCCGGAUGAGUCGGUGAAGAACCCCAAAUGGUGGAUGGACGAACGUUACGCCAUCUAUGACUUGUCCCCUAACGCCGCUAUCGCUUUCCCCGCACAUGAGGAAAAGGUCAGCAUAGCUUCCGCAGCGGAAACUUACAACGUUCGAGGCUAUGCGUACAGCGGUGGGGGUCGUCGCGUCACACGCUGCGAAGUAUCUCUCGACAAAGGCCGGACAUGGCGCCUUGCCAACAUCGACUACGCAGAAGACCGCUACCGCACAUAUGAGGACAAGAAUUUGUUUGGUGGCCGUCUCGAUAUGGACUGGCGAGAAACUUCCUUCUGUUGGUGCUUCUGGAACCUCGACAUUGCCACUGAUGAGUUGAAGAAUGCCAGCGACAUCCUUGUCCGAGCCAUGGACGAAGCCAUGUGCAUCAUGCCCCGUGACAUGUACUGGAGCGUCCUCGGUAUGAUGAACAACCCCUGGUAUCGCAUUGCCAUCCACAACGAGCACGGAACUCUCCGCUUUGAGCACCCAACACAACCGGCACUCAUGCCUGGUGGCUGGAUGGAGCGUGUCAAGAAAUCAGGUGGCAACCUCACCAACGGUCAGUGGGGCGAGACCAUUGCGGGCGAAGAGCCGGAGUCUGCUGCUAUCGAAGAGGUAAAAGAGAUCAAGAUGACCAAAGAUGGUGUCAACAAGAUUAUCGAGCUUGAAGAGUUGAAGCAGCACGACAAAGCAGACAACCCAUGGUUCGUGGUUAACGGUGAGGUGUACGACGGUACAGCCUUCCUCGAAGGUCACCCAGGCGGCGCCCAAAGCAUCAUCAGCGCCGCCGCGCUCGAUGCUACCGAUGAGUUCAUGGCAAUCCACAGUGAAACUGCAAAGGCUAUGAUGCCGGACUAUCACAUUGGCACUCUUUCGCCCGAGUCGCGAGAGACGCUUCAGUCAGGCGAGCCCAACACCGAAUCAACAGAACCUCGGCCUGUAUUCCUGGACAAUCGUGUUUGGCAGAAAGCAUUGCUGCAUUCGAAGAAAAGCGUGUCCUGGGAUACCAGGAUUUUCACGUUCAAGCUGGACCACGACACGCAGUCCCUGGGCCUGCCUACAGGACAACACCUGAUGAUCCGCCUCCGCGAUCCCGUGACCCGCGAAGCCAUCAUCCGCUCGUACACGCCCAUCUCCGAGACCACCAAGAAAGGCUACAUCGACAUCCUGAUCAAAGUCUACGGAGACAUCCCCGCGACUGCCGACAGCCCCGCGAAGAUGGGCGGCAAGAUGACACGCGCCCUCGACGCGAUCCCCACGGGCCACUGGGUCGACAUGAAGGGCCCGAUCGGCAAGUUCGAGUAUCUCGGCCAAGGCCAAUGCUCGAUCAACAGCAAGCCCCGACGCGUCAAGAAAUUCAUCAUGGUCUGUGGCGGCUCCGGCAUCACGCCCAUAUUCCAGGUCCUGCGUGCCGUUAUGCAGGACAAGGCCGAUGCUACAACCUGCACGCUACUCAACGGCAACAGGCUCGUCGAGGAUAUCUUGUGCAAAGAGGAGCUGGAUCGGUUCCAGCGCGAGAACGAGGAUAGGUGCGAGAUCCUGUAUACCCUUACGCAGGGCCCGGAGGAUUGGCCGGGGCUGAGAGGCAGAAUUGCGGCGCCGUUGAUGGAGAAGCAUUGCUCUGUUGGGGAGAAGGGGGACACGAUGGUCCUCGUGUGCGGGCCUGAGGCACUUGAGAAGAGCGUCAAGAAGUGGCUUUUGGGCGCGGGCUGGGCGGAGGAGGAUCUGUUGUUCUUUUAGACGUUACCCUUCGGGCCUGCGUUAUGACACGGCGUUUGGGAGAUCUUGUUGGGAUGGCAAGGGCUGGGAUACACAAAACGGCGUUUAGACGGGCUCUGCGAGACAGAUGUGAUUGUCCUUGUUACUU